UUCUGCUGUACGGGCAGUCGGGCACGGCAAAGCAUAUUCCACGCUCGCUGCUGGACGUUGCCAGAACGGACAGGGUCUUUGUUGAAUAUUUUAUUAGCCCACUAAGUGGCCCCGGUCCGUCGUCGUCGUCGUCAUCGUCGUUCCGGUGCAGGGACGUGUAAGGACGUUCGCGCGCGCACAGGAUCAAAGUUACGCUUCGAGAAGCACGGUUCGUCUUGGUUGAUUUCUCGUGGCUUGUGUUGCGGUAGGCGCUUUCGGUUGUUUGCGGUCGUGUGAAUUACAUCAUCGUACACACGGGCACACAACUAUCCCGUGGCCGAUCAGUGCGAAGAGGAUGCGGUUGGAGCAGUUGGUUGGCAUUUUUAUGAUGGUGACCGUCGGUCGGACGACACUCAUCACAUCGAAUGACUUUAAUAGAAUCAGCGCGUUAGAUCAACAACCACAGGAAACAGCACAACAACCGGCCAACCGGUGGAAGGACACAGAGCAUGGGAAGGUGCUUUCGAGAAGGAAGCGAUUUAUCGUGUUUCCGGAGGGAUCCAGUUUUUCGGUGGCUGUUUGCAUGACGAUCGGUUUGUACGGCAAUCCCAACUAUCAGUUCGUCAGCUGGGCGCUCAACUGGGGCAUUGCGUACAAUCUGCCAAAUCAAACAGUCAGUUUUCAGAAGGAAAUGACCGAACCCAAACCGAUGGUACAGCGACGCUUUCGGCGUGAUCUCUACCAAAAGUUGGAGGUGAUCAUGGACAGCAUGGGGUACACUGGACGGGACUGUAUACUAAGGGCGCUCUGCGAAAGCUCUCAAUACUUUGGUGGCAAGGGGCGCAACAUGGUGGCGGAAAUGCUACGGACAUUGUUUAGCUAUCCGAAGCAGAAAGUGCUCUCGUUCGAGCAUGCUGACCAUAAGCUGUACGAUGAGGCCCAUCGAAAGGGUAAAAACAUGGCACCGUGCCAAUCGCUGUACGGUAGCUGUCAGUUCUCGUUACUGGAGCUAGCGCUUGGCAAAUACUCAACACCGUACGGGUUUAUGUGA